AUGUGCAUCACUUCGACUCAGCGACUCUUACACAGAGCACGAUUCCCAACAACUCGAAUAACGACAAAGUCACAACCACAUCGCCACACCACGAAUAACGACAGAAGAACCACACCGCACACACGCACUUUUCAAUUGCCGGAAGCCCAGUGUGUCACACUAGCACAUCAACAUGAGAUACACAUACUCACACUGAACAACGACGAAUCUGAGACAACAUCAACCGCCUGGAGAAUCUACCACAAACCUUCACUACUGAAACAACGACUGGAAUUUCCUGAGGAACCAAAUCCAACCAGUAACCCUCCGCAAGCAGGAAAACAACAAGCAAUGGAUUCCAACUACGAACCUCGACAAGCUGCUUUCAGCACUUCUGAAGCACACUUUAUCACAGCCAACGAUCAACACAACUCUAAUAAACUACAUGCUACUGAAGCCUACCAUGAGUUGUCCACAACGAAGCAGCACAACAACCUGGAAUUACCACAAUACUUUCAACUACUGAACAACGAUGGAAUACCUGAGGAACCAACCAACCAGACCUCCUCCUCAACGCAGGAACCAACAACAGCGAUGUUAACACUAAACCCGACAAGUGAAGCACAACAAAUCGGCCACAACACUCUAAACGACAGAAGGACCCCAACCGGCCACAACAACUGCAAGUUUUCAAUAACUGCACUGAAGCCCACCAGAGUCGUCACACAACAGCACAAUCAACCACUGAUACCACAAACCGUCAACUACGAAACAACGACGGAAUUACUCGAGGAACCAACAUCCAACCAGUCCCUCGUCAACGCAGGAACUAACACAAGCGAUGGCCCAACACUGAACCGUCGACAAAUGAGCAUCACACUUUCGACGUCAGCGACUCUUACUACAGAGCAACGAGUUCCACAACAACCUCUGAUAAACGACAGAAGUCACAACCACACCGCAACAACCACUGAUAUAACGAGAGAAGGGACAACCACACCGGCCACAACCACUGCAACUGUUUCAAGUACUGCUACUGGAAACCCUACAAGUGAGUUGUCCACAACUAAAGCAGCAUCAACCACUGAGGAAUCUACCACAAUACCUUCAACUACUGAAACAACGACUGGAAUUAUACCUGAGGAACCAACAUCUCCAACCGAGUACCUCCUCUCAACGCAGAACCAACAACAAGCGAUGAAGGACAACCACACCGGCCACAACACUGCACGUUUCAAGUACUGCUCUGGAAGCCCUACCAGUGAGUUUUCUACAACUAAAGCUGCAUCAACCACUGAGGAAUCUAUCACAUUAACUUCAACUACUGAAACAACGGCUAGAAUUACUCCUGAGGAACCAACAUUCCAACCGAGUACCUCCUCCUCAACGCAGGAACGAACAACAAGCGAUGGUUCAACUAAUGAACCGUCGACAAGUGGUUCAUCGACAUUUUCGACGUCAGCGAAUCUUACUGCAGAGCCAACGAGUUCAACAACAACCUCUGAUAUAACGACAGAAGUCACAACCACAUCGGCCACAACCACUGAUAUAACGACAGAAGGGACAACCACACCGGCCACAACAACUGCAACUGUUUCAAGUACUGCUGCUGCAAGCCCUAAAGGUGAGUUGUCCACUACUAAAGCAGCAUCAACCACUGAGGAAUCUACCACAAUACCUUCAACUACUGAAACAACGACGGGAAUUACUCCUGAGGAGCCAACAUCUCAACCGAAAGUCACAACCACAUCGGCCACAACCACUGAUAUAACGACCGAAGGUAAAACAACACCGGCCACAACCACGGUAACAUUUUCAAGUACAGCUACUGGAAGCUCAGCCAGUGAGUCGUCCACAUCUAGAGCAGCAUCAACCACUGAGGAAUCUACCACAAUACCUUCAACUACUGAAACAACGACUGGAAUUACUCCUGAGGAAUCAACAUCUCAACCGAUACAGCUACUGGAAGCCCACAGUGAGUUGUCCACAACUAAGGCAGCAUCAACCACUGAGGAAUCUACCACAAUACCUUCAACUACUGAAACAACAACGGGAAUUACUCCUGAGGAACUAACAUCCCAACCGAGUACCUCCUCGUCAACGCAGGAACGAACAACAAGCGAUGGUUCAACUAAUGAAAUAUCGACAAGUGGUGCAUCGACACUUUCGACGUCAGCGACUCUUACUACAGAGCCAACGAGUUCCACAACAACCUCUGAUAUAACGACAGAAGUCACAACCACAGCCGCAACAACCACUGAUAUAACAACAGAAGGGACAACCACACCGGCCACAACCACUGCAACUGUUUCAAGUAUUGCUACUGGAAGCCCUACCAGUGCGUUGUCCACAACUAAAGCAGCAUCAACCACUGAGGAAUCUACCACGAUUCCUUCAACUACUGAAACAACGACGGGAAUUACUUCUGAGGAACCAACAUCUCAACCGAGUACCUCCUCCACAACGCAGGAACCAUCAACAAGCGAUGGUUCAACUACUGAACCGUUGACAAGUGGUGGAUCGACACUUUCGACGUCAGCGACUCUUACUACAGAGCCAACGAGUUCCACAACAACCUCUGAUAUAACUCAAGCAUUAUCGACUACAACUGAACUGCCAUCAAUUACAACUGGAGAUCCAUCUACUGUUGAAAUAUCAUCUACUACAGCUUCAAUAACAUCAACUACAACUACCCUACCAGCAACUACAAGUAAAGCUCCAAGUACAACUGAAACACCAUCUUCUACAUUGUCAGCAACUACAACUGUCUUACCAGCAACUACAACUGAAGUUUCAUCGACUCUGACUGAAGGACCGUCGACUUCAACUGAAAUACCAUCUACUACAGACGUAGCAACGUCAACUGGAACAAAGGCGUCAUCAACUACAUCUUCCCUACCAGCAACUACAACUGACUCACCAUCAACUACAACUUCCAUACCAGCAACUACAACUGACUCACCAUCAACUACAACUUCCAUACCAGCAACUACAACUGACUCACCAUCAACUACAACUUCCAUACCAGCAACUACAACUGACUCACCAUCAACUACAACUUCCAUACCAGCAACUACAACUGACUCACCAUCAACUACAACUUCCCUGUCCUCAACAGCAACAGACUCACCAUCAACUACAUCUUCCCUACCAGCAACUACAACUGACUCACCAUCAACUACAACUUCCAUACCAGCAACUACAACUGACUCACCAUCAACUACAACUUCUAUACCAGCAACUACAACUGACUCACCACCAACUACAACUUCCAUACCAGCAGCUACAAGUGACUCACCAUCUACUACAACUUCCCUGUCAGCAACAACAACAGACUUACCUAAAUCUACAACUUUCCUUCCAGGAACUUCAACAGUGGCACCAGCAACCACAACUUUUAGUGCUACAUCAGAACCGCCGAGCACUCAGUUGUCAACAUCUAAUGUGACAACUGGAACAACAACCCAGUCAGUUACGUCCGUCGUUUCACUUAUAUCUGACUUUAACAAAUCUAAUGACGAAAACUCUCUUUCGGCCACACUAGUUGUGAUUAUUUCUGUUGGAUCUACUGGCGCUGUGACUAUUGUAGCAGUCACUAUUUUAGUCUAUUGGUACAAGAUGAAAUUUCUCAACAAAGUCCGAAAUAUAAAUAUCAACAAUGCUGACCAUGCUAGUGUAGAAUCCGGUAGCAGGGCGUCAUCUGCGUCUUCCCGAAGAGAGGCGUGGUCCCCAGACUCAUGUGUAAGACAGAGCACCGCAUGGGUGGAAUAUCCUACUUCAAGUAACUGCUGAAAUUAAGGCUCAAGACGAUCUCAUAAUUGUUCACGUACACUCUAGAAUAUCUUGUUGCGUCCCUUUCAUGACAAGCAGCAACUAGCGGCAAACACGUACGACCGCAUAGAUCUUCUGUCUUGGGUGUAGCUUUGCUUUACAGAGUGGAAAACUCGACGGUUGUAGUUCAUUUCUUUCGAGUAUAUUUUGCAACUUAGCGCAAUUGCUUUUAAUUUUAGAUAAUUAAGAUACUUAAGAAAUAGAGAGUUUUUACCAGAAUGAUAAGUGUGUUCAGAGUAGAUAGUAUGUAAAGAUACCCUAAGCAAAUAGAAAACGAGCUAGCCUCAGAAAUGGAUGUUCAGUGUUAUAAGUUGGUAUUAGAUAUCUUAGCUAAUGCGAGAAAUGUGUUAGAAAGAGUGUUUCGAAUCAGACAUUUGUAAUGAUACACGAUAAGAGAGUUUGUAUCUUGGAUAAGAGAGUUUGUAUUCAGUAUUAGAUAGUCAGUAUUAGAUACCUUAAGCUUUUGAAAGAAUGAGAGAUUUUGUAUAUCAGAAAGGUAUGUGAAUUCAAUAUAAGAUAUUUAUUAACACACAACUUAAGAGAGGGCUUGUGUUGAGUCAGAUAUUGAUUAUUAGACGCACUGAGCAAAUGAAAGAAAGAAAGAUUGUGUUCAUUGUUAGAUAUCUGAAUCGAGACCUUUAUCAGAAAGAUGUUGUUCGGUGUUUGAUAUUCAUUUAUACUUUGAGUGUGUUCUGUAGUUGCUUCAGUCUGUGCUGGCAUAGAUAUUUAGCUAUAACACACUGCUUUGAACGUUGAUUAAAUCUGGAAUAUUCAUACCAAAUUAUUUCGCUGUCAUUUUCGAAUAUUAAUAUCGGACAAGAACGAAAAGAUUUAUUUAUAACAUAUAUAUUUCUUCUGUCUUGAUAAUUUUCGUAUUGGAAGAGAUCCAUAAACGACACAAAAUCUUAUUACUUUGGGAAAUAAUUGACGGUCUUCGUGUCCGAAUGGUUAAGGUCGCUGACUUCAUAUCCCUUGCCCCUCAUUGAUGUGGGUUCGAGUCUCACUCGGGGCAUUGAACUCGUCAUGUGAGGAAGUCAUCCAGCUGGCUUAUGGAAGGUCGGUGGUCCUACCCAGGUGCCCGCUCGUAAUGAAAUAAUGCACGGAGGGGCACCUGGGGUCUUCCUUCACCAUCAAAGCUGAAAAGUCGCCAUAUGACCUAUAAUUGUGUCGGUGCGACGUUAAACCAAACAAAAAAACUUUUGGAAAUAAAGGUUGCAAAAUGAUACAAAUAUUUCCUCCCAGUUCAUUUGUUUCUCAUGUGAACGAUACUCUAAAGCAUAUAGUUUUCGGAAUUAUAAGAUGAAAAAAUGGGUUUAAUGUUGAAGAAGUUUAGAGCUCAUUGUUGUUUGAUUUAUAAGGAAUAACUUACGUUUUUAGUUACUUGUUGUUGUUGUUUUUAUCUUGUAAUAUUUAUAACAUAGCAAGAUAUUGUUAUUUGUUUUCAAAAUAUAAAAUGUUUUUAUCGUAUACAGCGAACAGCCGUCCAUUCUGAUGAUAUGCAUUUAAAAGCUUUAACUGCAUACCAGGUGCUCAGAUUUGAAAUUCUGCUUUUUUAUAGAAUUUGUUAUAAUUUCUAACUGUUCCGUAUAAAGUAAAAUUACGCAACACUGUAUACUGGCAGAGUUUGCCUCAUUGCAUUGUUAAAUGAGUGUGCACCUUUAUGUCUGUAUGACACUAUUUAAACACAUGUAUAUUAUCGUGCGUAACGCUUUUCACGAAAAGUCAUUGGUUGGUCAUUUUGAGCAUCAAUUAUGAUAAAAAGUUUGUUUUAUUAGGUUUUUUAUCACGCUUAAAUUCACAUGCACACUGACUCAUCCACUUUGAUACAAUAGUAAAAAUCAAAACACAUUUGCGUAUAUUAUAUUGGUGUAGUUACUAUGAUAUUGAUUUCUCUGAUUGCAUAGAGACCGUUAUUCAACAUUUGUUCAGCCGCGCCAACAGAAAGUUCUGAAAAUGCAACAAAAAUUAGAAUAAAACGUGUGUCUGCUUUUUGUUUUAACUGAUGUGCCUCUUGCUAUAUAUAUUUAUGUUUAUAAUACAACUGUGACUUUAUACAUGUCUCAUAAUAUAGUUAUGAUAUCUUGCUAUGACAUUGAUUUAUUAAUGUUGAUCAUAUAAAAAGGCCAUUUGACAAUAUAUUUUUGCAAGACAGAAUAAAUCUCAUAAUACACUGCUGUAAAAGGCCUUACAUGUGUGCACCUCAAACCAGUCAUAUGUAUUUUGUUUUACAAUUUCCGUCCUUGCUUGCUUUAUAGCGCUGCAAACCGUCCAGGUAUUAUUUUACAUGUAAUUUGCAAAUAAGUUUUGAUGAAAUGUUAUAAACAGUCUGUUCUGGGUAACUCCGUGGUUAAUGCUAUUUAUAGAUAGAAAUAUAAUAUAUAACAAUUGCACUUUAUAUAGAAAUAAUAAAUCACCCAGCUCUGAUAUCACUAUACUUAGACUUCUUUUUGUCUAUGAUUUAUAUAAACGGUGCUUUAAAAGUGAAAAAGUGUCAAUAUAGUGUAUCAAUAGCAAAUGAAUGAGAUUAUUUUAUGAGCUAAGAUACUUACAUAUCAAAAUAGGUAUCGAAGUCUCUCUAGCUCCAAAUGUUAUCACUUCAUUUCUGAUUAUCUUGCAAAACAACGGAAACAACCUUUCGUUGAAAUAUAUACCGGAAUCGGAAAUGUUAUCCCAAAAUGGACUGAAUCUAUAAAUAGUUACAAUAUGCUUAUAGUAAAAGAUUGUGAUUAUUAUGACGAUGUGAUAUUGUGUUGAUCACAAAUAAAGUAACUGUGAUAAGUCA